AUGGAGAUGAGACAGUUAGGGCCAGAGAUUCAAGGGGGAGUUGAAGGUGUCAACUAUGUGCACCAAGGAGGGAAUAACAUGAACUUCAACAACUAUCGCCCCAACCAAGGGGGUGGUAACUAUAACCACUAUGGUAACAAGGUGCAUCCUAAUCUCUCCUAUGGGAAUCCUAACAAUACUUUGCAACCACCAUCGGGAUUCACAGUAGCUAAUGGAAUGGUCGAUGAGCAGAAGCAACCUACUACAGAAGAUAUCUUGGCAGCAUUCAUGAUUCAGACUACCAAGUACAUGGAGAAAACUGACAAGUACAUGGAGAUUACUAAUCAAAGGCUAGGAAAAGUUAAGAAUGACGUGCAAAGCUUGAACGUGCACAUGAAGAGCAUUGACAAUCAGAUAAGUCAGAUCUCUCAAGCUGUGGGAAUCCAACAUCAACCAGGCAAAUUCCCAGCACAGACCAUAAACAAUCCCAAGGACUGCAAGGCCAUACACUUGAGAGGUGGUAAUAGCUAUGAAGGACCUUCCAUGUCUGUAGAGGAAGAGAAGAGUAUUCUAGAGGAAGAUGUCAGAGUAGAAGAAAAUUCCAAGGGAAAGAAUAAGGUGGACAUUCAGACCAAGAAAGACACAGUGCCAGAAAAGCUGCCCCCUCCCUCCAUUCCUACGACAGUUAGGGUGCCCUUCCCAUUUGAGGUGAAGAAGAAGAAGUUGGAUGAGCAAUUCUCCAAAUUUCUCGAUAUUUUUAGGAAGGUGCACAUUAAUAUACCAUUGGUGGAAGCUCUGCAAGAGAUGCCUACAUAUGCAAAGUUCCCAAAAGAUGUGCUCUUCAAGAAGAAGAAAUGGUUUGACUAUGAGACGGUGAACAUAUCUGAAAACUGUAGUGCGAUAAUUCAGAAAAAGCUACCGGCCAAGCUUAAAGAUCCUGAGAAUUUCAAUAUCUCAUGCAUGAAGAUUGACACUCUCAAGCCGACUACAAUCACACUGCAGAUGACAGAUAGAUCAGUCACCUAUCCUAAAGGAAUUGUUGAGGAUGUUCUGGUGAAGAUACACGACUUCAUAUUUCCCAUCGAUUUUGUAGUGUUGGAUAUGGAGGAAGACAUGAAUGUACCGCUUAUCCUGGGGCGCCCAGUCUUAGCAACGGGAAACGCAUAG